AUGUCUCGCAUCUCUGAGCCAAUCCAUAAGCACGUGCCUGCGUGGAAAAAGCUCGGUCUGAAGCUCAAGUAUGCCAAAGAAGAGCCUGAAAAUACCCAACCUAGCCAAAACGGCACUGUUGACCGCAGGAAGCGCAAGGCACCUGCGGGAGAAGAAGCUGUGGUAGAGAACGCGCCUUUGGAAAGGCCUGCCAAAAAGCUCAAAGAGUCAAAAUGGAGAGCAGAAGAGGCUGGAGAAGCGGUCAACGGCAAUGGGACGUCUCACGAGGCUCAAGAUGAGGAUAAGCUUAGGGAGAAGAUCAAGAAGUCAAGACCUAGCACCGAGAACUCCGAAGAAACCGUCAAUGGCAAUUACAAAUCUUCCAACGAGCCUACCAACGCGGAAAGACCCUCGAAGAAAACCAAGAAAGCGAAAGCGAAAUUGGACGUAUCUGCCUUAUCAAUCAAUGGCAAACUUGGGGGUACUCAUGAGCAGGAAUUCUCGCCUCCACCUGCAUUGAAGACUACUCCUGCCUCAAAAGGGAAAUCCGUCUCAUUCACCCCAGACACUAAGACUAAAGACGGUGACAGUGUCAAAGGCCUCUACAAAGCCUGGAUUGCAAAGCAGAUAGCUACCGAUCCUUCAUUCGACCCUUCGACUGUCAGUCCAGCGCUCAGGUCAAUCGUACCUUCAAUUGUCCCUACACCAGAGUCGGCUUCACCUUUCGUAUCCACUUCAACCUCAAAUUCAGAAUCAAUCUCCAAAGACAAAAAGAAACCCACAAAGAAACCCAAACCCAGACUUCCCAAGACCUCAUCAGGCCCUGGUCCCUCACGUUUCGAUCCCGUACUCACCUACCUCACCACCCAUCACACAUCCCCUCAAACCUGGAAGUUUUCCAAACUUCACCAAAACCAAAUCCUCAAACACCUCUUCUCCCUCACCCAUAUCCCUUCAUAUUACGACUCCGCCCUCCUCCCCUACAUCCGUGGCCUCAAAGGUACCACAGCGCGCUCACGAAUCCGAAAAGAAGCGCUCGCAAUCUGUGGAGAGGACGAGAAGUGGCUAGCAUCUGAGCCUUCGGAAACCGAAAGGAUGGAUAACGAGACGGUUGCGCAAUGCAACGCGCGCCGUCGUCGUGAUUAUGAAGCCGCGGUUGCUAGAAUCAAACAGACAUUGAAAGAAAAAGAAGAAGAGCGCGAAGAGCGCGACUGGGAACUCUUAGGCGACAAAGAAGAAUGGGAGGAGCGAAUCCGCAAGAGAAGGAGGGCGGAGAUCGUAUUAAUACUUCUGGAGGCAACGGUGGACGUCAAACAAACUCUGGAUUUGAGCAACUCGCGAAGGCCGCACGGGAUCCCGGACCUGCACCAAGAGUGGGAAGAGGAGUCGGAAUGGGGAUGGGUGGGGUCGAAGUGA